AUGCGGGUUAUGCUUAAGGAGGCAGUGAGCGAUUUCAAAAGAGAAAAGAGAAAAAGAACGACUGCUUCAUCAUCUUCAUCUUCAGAUGAAGAAAGUUUGUCGGAUGGAGAACGAGAGAGGCUAAUGAAACAAGUUGAAGAAAAGAAAAAAAUGAUUUCCGCUAUCAGAAGUAAACCUUGGCGCAUUUCGAAGAAACUAACAUUGCUUAAGGAAGCCCAAGAUUUUCUUGAAGAAUUUGAAGGUGCACUGGGACGUGGAAAAGGGAGAAAACUCUAUGCAUAUAAAAUUAUGAUGGCUAAGAAAUGGAUGAAAUUUAAAAGAGAUUUUGAAAAUUUCAAAACUUCUUGUAUACCAUGGGAAAUGAAAAUAAAGGAAAUUGAAAGUCACUUCGGAUCAUCUGUGGCAUCAUACUUUAUUUUUCUUAGGUGGAUGUAUGGUCUUAACAUAGUCCUUUUAUCCAUGGUUCUUGGACUGAUUAUUAUUCCUGAGCUUUUAAUGGGACUACCAUAUGGGAGCAUUUCAAGGAAGACGAUACCACGAGAUGAGCAGGACACCUCAAUGAAUUAUAAUGUGCUCAGUGAGUUUAGGGGAGCUUUAAAAUACUCACCACUUUUUUAUGGCUAUUACAACAACGAAAGAACAAUUGGACCACUUAAUUUCAGACUGCCGUUAAGUUAUUUUUUAUGUGGUAUUGGUGUCUUUGGAUAUAGCUUAAUAGUUGUGAUAAGGACAAUGGCAAAGAAUAUAAAUGAAAGCACUGCUGAUGAUGGAGAUGAUAAUUUUACAUUCAGCUGGAAAAUAUUUACUAGUUGGGAUUAUCUUAUUGGCAACCCUGAAACAGCAGACAAUAAAUUUGCAUCAAUUACAACUAGCUUCAAGGAAUCUAUCGUGGAAGAACAGGAAAAUGCAAAGGAAGAAAAUAUUCAUUUGCGGCGGUUUCUGAUUGUACUGGCUAAUGUGCUGAUCACCAUUUGUCUCGGAGGAAGUGGUUAUCUCAUUUAUUUUGUUGUAAAGCGAUCACAGGAAUUUAAGAAGCUGGAUAACCCAUCCUGGUAUCAGAACAAUGAGAUAGAAAUUGUAAUGAACUUGCUGUCAAUGUUUUGCCCUCCACUAAUUGAAACAAUAGCUGGAAUGGAAAAUUAUCACCCAAGACUGGCUCUGAAGUGGCAACUGGGGAGAAUUUUUGCACUGUUCCUCGGAAAUUUAUAUACUUUUUUGUUGGCUUUAAUUGAUGAUGUCAAUGGAAAAUUAGCUGAGGAAGAGGUUAUAAAGAACAAAACGUUGUUGCUACUAUCCAUCUUUUAUAAUUCGUCUUCAAAUAACAACAGCACUGCAAUACCAUAUAUUCAUCCAGCUGAUAUUCCCAGAGGUCCCUGCUGGGAAACCAACGUGGGAAUUGAGUUUGUAAAGCUAACAAUCUCAGAUACACAAAUGACUUUCAUAAUGAUUCUUCUGGGAGACUUUGGACGAGCAGUAAUAGUCCGCUUUCUCAAUUCAUGCUGGUGUUGGGAUUUAGAAUCUGGAUUUCCAUGUUAUGCUGAGUUUGGGAUAAGUGAGAAUGUUCUAGGUCUCAUCUUCAAUCAAGGCAUGAUAUGGAUGGGUACGUUUUAUGCACCAGGACUGAUGGUUGUAAAUGUAUUACGUCUUCUAACUUCAAUGUACUUACAGUGCUGGGCUGUAAUGAGCAGCAAUAUUCCCGAAGAACGAGUUUUUAAAGCUUCAAAAUCAAACAAUUUCUACAUGGCCCUUUUACUACUUGUUCUAUUCAUGAGUCUGCUGCCAGUGGCCUACACAAUAAUGACAAUAUCCCCCUCCUUUGACUGUGGGCCUUUCAGUGGAAAGAAAAAGAUGUAUGAUGUUCUUCAGGAAACAAUUGAAAAGGAUUUUCCAGCUUUUAUUACAAUGGUGUUUGGUUACGUGUCCAAUCCGGGUAUUGUAAUAGCAGCUGUGCUUCUUAUGAUCCUGGCUAUAUACUACCUUAAUGCUAUAUCAAAGGCAUACAAGAAUGCUAAUAUCGAGUUCAAGAAGAAAAUGCAGAGGAAAAGAGAAGAUGAGAAAAGCAAAAGGAAUAAUACUGCCUCAACUAAUGAAAUUAUGAGGGAUUUAGAAGAGCUACUGCCUCCUAGUGUGAGAUAUGGGGCCAAUAAAUCUGAUGAAGAAAAAGCUGAUGAAAAAUUCCUCACGACUAAGGCAAUCAAUGAACCAAGUACUAAGACUAGUGUGCAAGGUGUACCUGUGAAAAAUGGCCCACAUCUGACUGUUACGAAACCACUAACUCCUUCCCAGCUGAUAAUAACGUCCUCUACUCAGAAACUUAAUAUGAAGACCUUAGGGCUGCGGCCGGGACAGGGUAGAGGACGGAGCCCUUCAUGAAACUUGUUUGUGAAUAUUUUAAUUUAAAAUUUUCAAAAGUUUUUAUUUUAUUUUCUGCUAUACAGGUUGAGUAUCCUUUAUCCAAAAUGCUUGGGACCAGAAGUAUUUUGGAUAUCGUAUUUUUCCGUAUUUUGGAAUAAUUGCUUACCAUAAUGAGAUAGCAUGGUGAUGGGACCUAAGUCUAAGCACAGAAUACAUUUAUGAUUCAUAUACAUCUUAUACACAGAGCCUGAAGGUAAUUUUAGCCAAUAUUUUUUACAACUUUGUGCAUUAAACAAAGUGUGUCUACAUUCACACAAUUCAGUUAUGUUUCAUAUACACCUUAUACACACAGCCUGAAAGUCAUUUAAUAGAAUAUUUUUAAUAACUUUGUGUAUUAAACAAAGUUUGUGUACACUGAGACAUCAGAAAACAAAAGUUUCCAUAAGUCACUCUCACUCCAAAAAUUCCGUAUUUCGGAAUAUUCCGUAUUUCGGAAUAUUUGGAUAUGGGAUACUCAACCUGUAUUAAUAAAUGUUGUAAUUUAGCAAAUUAAAUGCAGUCAUAUAAAAGCGUGUAAAGCUCAAUGGUACAUGCUGGC